AUGGCGCACAGCAAGCGCGAGAUCAAGCCCGGGAGGGCGCACACCAAGGUGUCCGGCGACGUCGAGAUGCUGCGGACGGGCUUCUACGACGGCACCCCGCUGGAGGGCGGCAAGAUCGCCGACUCCCAGCCCGUCGACCUCUUCGCCGCCGCCCGACGCGUCGCCGAAGCCGACGCCGACGCCGUCCCAUUGCUUCCAAGUCUUUUGGGUCAAGAACCUCAUCUCGAUCCCGUGGCAAUUAUGGAGUCCAAGGCAUCACUCAAAUCAAUGACAAAGGUGCCUCCAAACCAUCUCGCUUGGUAG